CUGCUUUCGUUGCAUUUUUACGUUAUGAUAUAUUUAGACAUUUAUCCUUUCCUGUUUAAUGAUAACCUUUUAUGGACUUCUUAAUUUUUUAAACCUCCAAUCUGUUUCUGUAUACUUAAUUUUAGUGUAUUGUAAAAGUAAACUUUAAAUGAAAAAUGUUUUAGUUUUCUUACGAAGAUUAUCACUUUAUCAUCAAUACCUGAUAGUUGCAUUGUAAUCAUUAUUUCAGAAUGUUCAUUUGGGAUUGGUUUACAGGAGUUCUAGGCUAUUUAGGUUUAUGGAAAAAGUCAGGCAAACUGUUAUUUUUAGGAUUAGAUAAUGCUGGUAAAACAACUCUUCUCCAUAGGUUAAAAGAUGACAGAUUGGCACAGCAUGUACCAACACUACACCCAACUUCUGAAGAACUAUCCAUAGGAAAUAUCAGAUUCACAACUUUUGACCUUGGAGGACACACUCAAGCUCGUCGAGUAUGGAAAGAUUACUUUCCGGCAGUUGAUGCUAUUGUUUUUCUUGUUGACGCUUGUGACACAACUCGGUUACCUGAAAGUAAAGCAGAAUUAGAUGCCCUUUUGACUGAUGAGAGUCUCAUCAACUGUCCUGUCCUUAUUCUUGGCAAUAAAAUUGAUCUUCCAGGUGCAGCUUCAGAAGAUGAUCUCAGGAAUUUUUUCAACUUAUACGGGCAAACAACUGGCAAGAGCAAAGUUCCACGAAGUGAAUUGUCUGGUCGUCCAUUAGAGCUAUUCAUGUGUUCAGUUCUGAAAAGGCAGGGUUAUGGUGAAGGUUUCCGUUGGUUAGCCCAAUAUAUAGACUGA